CUCACUACGCAUGCUCAGAACGGCGUCACGUGCCCUCCCACCUCCGCCGGCAAGGUCUCGGCUGCGUCCGCAGCGGCCAGAACUACGCCGCGCGCCGCUAUGGAGCGCAUCGAGGGGGCGGCCGUGGGCCGCUGCACCGCCUCGCCCUACCUGCAGCCUUUCACGCUGCACUACCGCCAGAAUGGUGCCCAGAAGUCAUGGGACUUCAUGAAGACACACGACAGGUUAGCAUCCAGUCCGGGCCCCUCCGAUGGCCACGGGGACCCUGGGAACGAGGGCCAUGGAGCCCCACCCUGCCUCUGCCUUGUGACCGUCCUUCUCUUCAACUCUUCUCGGAGGAGCCUGGUGCUGGUGAAGCAGUUCCGGCCAGCCGUGUAUGCGGGCGAGGUGGAACGCCGCUUCCCAGGGUCCCUGGUGGCCGUGGACCAGGACGGGCCCCGGGUGCUGCCGGCGGCGCUGCCCGGCUCAGCGGGGGUGACGUUCGAGCUGUGUGCCGGCCUCGUGGACCAGCCCGGGCUGUCGCUAGAGGAGGUAGCCUGCAAGGAAGCCUGGGAAGAGUGUGGCUACCGCCUGGCCCCGGCCGACUUGCGCCGAGUGGCCACCUACAAGUCUGGCGUGGGACUGACUGGCUCCAGCCAGACCAUGUUCUAUGCAGAGGUGACAGACACCCAGCGGGGUGGUCCUGGCGGGGGCCUGGCCGAGGAGGGUGAGCUCAUCGAGGUUGUGCAUCUGCCCCUGGCUGGCGCCCAGGCCUUCUCGGACAACCCAGAUGUCCCCAAGACCCUUGGCGUCAUCUUUGGUAUCUCUUGGUUCUUCAGCUGUGUGGCCCCUGGCCUGGAUCCCCAGUGACAUUCCAGAGGGCUAGACAGAGGUUGGUCCCAGCCACCCGCCCUUGCAGACUCAAUAAAGGCUUGUACAGCUCCA